AAGGCAAGGAAACUAGUUCAGAUGCGUCCCUUUUCAUUUACUAGGAAAUGAAGGGACUGACGGCUAUUUGUCUGGUUUUAGAGUGGUGAAAGAGAUUCUGUUUCCAGGAAACCCAGAUCCUUGUGACAGUUAUGACACGCAGUGGUGGGUUUGACAUUGGAAUGAAUGAAGUGGUGGAUUUGACAUUGGAAUGAAUGAAGUGGUGCGGAGUGAUGCACCCUGGACCGUCACUGGCUUUAGCAAUCAUCGCAUGUUUUCUGCAGAGAUACUUCUGUGAAUGUCGCCGGGACAAGGAAGAAGGUUUGAAGCCAGGCUCAGAGACGUACGGCUACAAAGCUUUCUCUGGGGAGGGGUUUGUCAUGCAAUGUACCAAACCACAGUCCGCCGGUCUCUGUGAGCGCCUCUACAACAUCACAGCCAGCUCUGAGGAAGCUGAUUGGUCGAGGGCCGAGGGGGAAACCAACAGAGACAGAGAUUUCCUCAGAGAUGACGGGGCCGUGACAGGAAGGGGGAACGCGCUCUGGUUUUCUACCGUUACAGCAAAGGACUCUGGGAAGUACACAUGCCACACAGGGGGUAUGGUGAUCCACUUCUAUGUGGAGGUGCUGGAGAGGGCCAGCCUGGGGUCCAGGGACACAGAGGAGAACAGGGUCACUCUGGUUCUGGGCAAAGGUGGCAGGAUCCCAUGCCCUGGCAUCAAAUGUCAGACACAGAGGUCAGAGGUCACAUGGUACAAGGAUGCCAGGCCUGUGUGUGAGAUACAGGAUGAGAGGACCAUCUCUGUGGUAGACAGGUAUACUCUUCUGCUGGGUACUGUCUAUGUGAGUGAUGCUACACUGUAUUUCUGUGACUACACCUAUGAAAAAAAUGGGAUCCCCUGGACAGUCAGGAGAUCUGUUAAUGUCUCGGUCAUACGUAAGUAUGGGAGGACUGUCGCUGCAGGCUCUGUCUUCCAACACACACCACACAAACAUGAUCACAUGCACGCACUUACGAAUCGCACAUACGCAUACACACACACACACACACCACACGUGCUCGUUCACAUGAACGCACACAUACUGUAGUAAAUGUCACUUUUACCUCCACAGCAGCUGACACCAAAGACCCUCCACAGAUGACGUAUCCCCAUGGCAACGAGGAGGGCGUGGAGCUGGGGGAGCCUCAUAAUCUGAGCUGUCAGGUGCGGUUUGGGUUCCAGAGGACCUUUGACCCAGUGGUCCAGUGGUGGAUCAGUUCCCAUAGCAACCAUGAAGACAUGAUGAAACUGAUGGAGAUGGAAGCACAGCAGGUGAGAGAAAGGAGUAUUGAAGAGUUUGAGUUCACGGUCACCAGAACAGCUCAAAUCCCGGAGGUGACCCAGCUACACCUGGACUCCACCUUCACCUGUCUGGCCCAGAACUCUGUAGGCAACAGCAGCGCCACCAUCAGGCUGACAAGGAAAU